UCGUUUCUUUCAGUGUUGAGAGGAAGGCAGUGUGUGCAGUUCUGUGUGUCGGUAUUUACCUGUCGAGAAACGGAACAACGUUACCACCCGAACAUUGUGGAUUAUUUCUAGUUUCGAGUAUAAAACUGCAAAAGAUUAUCUUCAUGGUCCAGCCAUGGGUAUGACCGCGGCGGCGUGGAGGGGAGAGGGGGGUUUAAAUUUCUCUCUUCGUCCCAACAGCGUCUUUUGAUUGGAAGUAAACGGUGCACCAGAACAGAACCGAGCUGCCGUUUCUUGUUUUUUAUCUGAGAUAAAAGUUUUUGUUCGUCAUUGUCAGAGCAGCAGAAACUAUUUCACACAGGUUAGUUCGUUUUUGUUCAUUUUUCCCCUCAUUAUUGGAGUUUUUGGUUUUCCUGGAGAGCGGAGGUGGCGAACUGAAAGCGGCUCACUGAGUCGGGACUGACCACUGGAGUUGGUCCUGAAAAUGGAGGCUGUUAUCGAGAAGGAAUGCAGCGCGCUCGGAGGGCUCUUCCAAACUGUUAUCGGAGACAUGAAAAGCAGCUACCCUAUUUGGGAGGACUUUAUCACCAAGGCUGGCAAACUGCAGUCACAGCUCAGAGCGACAGUGGUUGCCAUCGCUGCCUUCCUAGAUGCCUUUCAGAAAGUGGCUGACCUGGCCACCAACUCACGAGGUGGGACCAGAGACAUUGGAUCAGCAUUGACUAGGAUGUGUAUGAGACAUCGCAGCAUAGAGGCUAAACUCAAGCAGUUCUCCAUGGGUUUCCUGGAGGGUCUGAUCAACCCCCUACAAGAACAGAUGGAGGAGUGGAAAAGAGGAGUCAAUACUUUGGACAAGGACCAUGCUAAAGAGUAUAAAAGAGCUCGGCAGGAAAUAAAGAAGAAGUCCUCAGACACGCUGAAACUUCAGAAGAAAGCAAAGAAAGGUCGAGGUGAUAUCCAGCCCCAGUUGGACAGCGCCAUGCAGGAUGUCAGUGACAAAUACAUUCUGCUGGAAGAAACAGAGAAACAGGCCCUGAGGAAGGCUCUUAUAGAGGAGAGACAGAGAUUCUGCUGUUUCGUAGCCAUGCUGCAGCCUGUUGUGGAUGAGGAAAUUUCCAUGUUGGGAGAGGUCACUCAUCUCCAGGCCAUCUCUGAUGACCUCAAAGCCCUGACUUCUGACCCACACAAGCUUCCCCCUGCUAGUGAACAGGUAAUCUUGGACCUGAAGGGCUCAGACUAUGGCUGGUCAUACCAAACACCACCCUCAUCCCCUAGCACCACUAUGUCCAGGAAGUCCAGCAUGUGCAGUAGUCUGAACAGCGUUAACAGUAGUGACUCCAGGGGAUCCAGUGGCUCUCACUCUCAUUCUCCUUCCUCCUCUUCUUCCUCCUCUUCCUCACACCACCUCUUCCACCACCAUCACCCACGCCAUCGGUACCGUAGCUCCACGCUACCGCAACAGGCCCCAGCUCGGCUCUCUAGCAUCUCCUCCCAUGACUCGGGCUUCAUUUCUUCAUCGCAAGACCAGUACACGUCGUCCAAAUCAUCAUCGCCUAUGCCAGCUGAAACAAAGCCUUGUCCCAGUUCCAGCUCCUCUGAGGUGUCAGAGACUGGACAGCUUUACAGUGACUGCAGCUCCCCCCCUUCUCUUGCUGCUGUUACUGCAGCUCACCACACUACUGAGCUGUCCAAUGGUUUUGACCACUACAGUCCAGCCAGUUCCCCAUACCUGCAUAACAAUGGGGGGAGUUUGGGCUCAGUGUCAGGCACUGCCUUCCCGUUCUUCCCUCCUUCCUCCUCAUCCUCCACCUCCUCCUCCUGCCCCACUCGUUCAUGGUCACGUCCCACCUCUGCCUUGCUGCCAGACUACCCUCACUACUGCACGAUGGGCUCCCCCAUGGUGCCUUCAUCUCGAGUCCCCAGCUGGAAGGACUGGGCGAAGCCAGGGCCUUAUGACCAGCCCAUGGUCAACACACUAAGGAGGAAGAAAGACAAGGAGACCCCAGCUGUAAUAGACAGUAAUGGUAGUAUGAACAGUGACAGCAGCCCAUCCUCAGGCCCAGCCUUGAUCUCGACCUCCGCACCAGUUCCAGCUGCACCACAAACACCAAGCUCAUCGGCCUCAGUGGAAGACAAGAGCAGGACUGUGGCUGCACCUCUCAAGGCUGGUGAUAUUGACGCCCAUGAGGAAUUGGCUCUGGCUUUAUCCAGAGGUCUGGAGCUGGACAUCCAGAGGUCCAGUAGAGACUCCAUCCAGUGCUCCAGUGGUUACAGCACACAGACCAACACACCUUGCUGCUCUGAAGACACUAUACCUUCACAAGUAUCAGAUUAUGACUAUUUCUCAAUGGCUGGAGAUCAGGAGCCUGAGCAGCAGCAGUCUGACUUUGACAAGUCCUCCACCAUCCCCAGAAACAGUGACAUCAGUCAGUCCUACCGACGCAUGUUCCAGACCAAACGCCCAGCCUCCACAGCCGGCCUGCCCAGCACGCAGGCUCCUUACCCCGGACAGGGGACCUACCCUGCAGGGCCCUAUCCCCCCACACCUAUCCACACCGGAGGUUAUCCGUCUACUCCUGCUGUGGCUUAUCCUCCUACUCCUACAGGCUCAUGUUCAGGUCAGGGAUUUUAUUCUGGAUCCAGCUCCCAUAAUGCCUCUGGCUCCUAUUCUACAGGCCAUGGUCCAGUUAUCGUCACCCCGGGGGUUGCCACAAUCCGCCGCACCCCCUCUUCAAAACCUUCCGCUCGCCGUUCAGGCUCUGUUGUGGGUACAGGCCCCAUCCCUAUUCGUACACCUGUCAUCCCAGUAAAAAUCCCAACAGUGCCUGAUAUGUCAGGCGCAGUUAAUGGAAGCAGGAGUUCAGAGGAAAUGGGAGGGGGAGGAGGAGGGGGCAGAGGAGGAGAAGAAAGCCCAGAUUCUCCAACAUAUGCAGGAGGGGAGGAUGCUGGCACACUGCCUGUGAUGUCCUGGAGUGGUCAGGCUACAACCAACCCUCCCACCGUCCCCCUGCCCAACCAGCCGACCCAGCAGCACCCUCAGAGUGAGACUGGGCCGGAGGGAGGAGAAGAGGCAGGAGAAGGAGGAGAAGGAAAUAUGUUGAUGGCCAUUCGCAAGGGGGUCAAACUCAAGAGAACCCUCACUAACGAUCGCUCCGCACCACGCAUCGCAUGAUGAUGCCACCACAAUAUGCAGGCGAUUGGCCACAAAGAAACACAUGUUGUAGAAGAGAGGCUCGCCCUUCAUUAUAUUUGUAAAUGAGGUUAAAGGCUUUACAAAAAGUGUUGCUGAUAGAAAUGCGAUGUACAGAAUCAAAAGGCUUCUUAUGUUAGUAUGUCUGUAUCUUAGAAAUCAUUGGCACCUGUUCAACACUUCUCAUUCUGUAAAUUUUCAUCUCUCUCACUACAGAAGCCAUCCAAAUCAGAGGAAAAUAUAGUUUUCUAAUUUGGGUUAUGAAGCCAAGUUAGAAUAUUGGUUUGGACCUGAAGUAGAUCACAGUCCUUCUUAUGGUAGUUUGUUGUACAGGAUAAAUAACUGUAUGAGCCUGUACAGGUACAAGGAAAAGGCUUAAUUUCUUACAUACGUUCUCAAAUAAAGGAUUCAGUAGUAAGCAUUAAAUGUAUUUCUGAAUCCGAGCCAACAGCUGUGUUAUCAGAGUAUAAAACAUGAGGAUGUUUAUGUUCAUGAUAAGAAGGACAGAGCAGCAUUACAGCACAGUGUGCUCAUUUCUGUAAGAGGACAGUAAAGACAUACUUAACACACAUGUAUCCAGUAUUCUCUCUGAGAAGGUUGUUCAAAGACAAUGUGUGUGCCUCUUCUCAGUGUUAAAAAACACAAUAUAUUACACAGUAUGUCUAAACACUUACUGUUGUGGAAGUGCAUUGUACCAUCAAGAGACAAAUGAACACUCUGACUGCACAGUGACUCGGCAGAAGGAGCGCAAUAACCACUGCAAGUAUAACGCCAUCAAGAGAGCAAUAUUCUGGUGCACUUGAAAGUAAUGGUUCUAUUUGGCAACUCCUGAACUGCAUCGACUGCUUACUUGGAGAGACACCCUGAUGACUGUGGAAAGGUGCUGUGUUGUCAAAGCUGUCUUUCACUGACAGCUCAAAUAUUAAAAUACCUAGAAUGUCUACAGAGCCAACCUGGGCCCAUGGUAUAAACAGUACCUGAGCAGAGAGCUCAGUAAAAAGCAAAGGAUCUGACUAUAUUGCACUCAAGUCAAAGUCAGAGGAGACUGUGAGCUGUGAGCUUGAAGCGUCACAUGGCUGAUGAGUUGCGUCCUGUUUUGUUUUAGUAGUUUUAGUAUUUACAUGACUUGUAAAUCAUUUUGCACGUCUCGGUUGCUGAGGAGUGUGUCGGUGCUUCUCACUCUCUUUGCCGCAAUUCCACCUGCUCCACAGAGUCAGAAUAAUUCAGUUUCACAUCAUUGAACAGGAUGUUUAUUGAUAUUUAUGUCAUAGUCAUCAUACCCCAUUGCCUCAGCAUAUGAAUUGGUUUUAUUUUUCAUAAUUUUUUUCCAGUAUGAUUCUCAUUAAUCUGCAGCAUCUACAUGCUGAGCUUUGUAGAACUCCUCAGUGGUUUGUGUUUAUAUAUUAGUCUUUAUAUAUUAGCCCCUUCUUUUGUUGUAGCAUUUAUUAGCCAUACUGCAGCCUGCACAUUGAUUGCUCUAACAUUACUGAUAAAUGUCAAAGUACAGAUGUGCCAUGUCAAAAUCCACCAUUAAUUCAAAUUUGUGUGUAUAUAUAUAUAUAUAUAUAUAUAUAUAUAUAUGUAUAUAACAUUUUAUAGAAGUUAAUGAGGCAAUUUUUUUUUUUCAAUGUUUUGAAAGUUAUAAGUUAAAGGCUCUAAUUGGUAAUGCCAUACUGUUUUAUUGCUCUGUCUGGUUGCUGUUAUUGAACUCUUUUUCCUUUGAAAUGCAUGUAGCGCGCAUGCAUCCUUUUGAUUAAUUAGGUUUUUACAUGUCAUUGCUGAUGUUGGCGUUUUGAUUUUUUUUUUUUUUCGUAAUAGCGUCAAAGGUGAUAAGUCCAGUCCAGUCCGGAUUUUGUUAUCCUAGGAAAUCAAAUCCAUUGUAUAAUUUAAGAAAUACAUCAUUAUAGGUACAAUAUUCUUUUUUUUUUAUCUGGAUGUUUUGAUGACAUGAGGCUUUUCCUCACAUUGCAGCAUUGUAAGACUAAAGGCUAAAAGCAAUUAGUGCCACUGAGUUAUAGUCUGUUUUAAUUUUCUUUUCAGUUCAAGCACUGUGAGACCAUGGCUACUACAAGAUGUAUGAAAGUGUAAAUAUUAUUUAGCUGUACAAGUUGGUCCAGGAACUCACACAUUUUGUUUUUUUAAUUUAUUUUCUUUCUCAGUCUUUAAAUCUCUUUUUCUUUCUCAACCUCUCUCUAUUUUUAUACUUAUAUGAAAUACCAGAGUAAUAGAGUUGUUCCUUUAUCCAUGCAUGUGCUCAUCUGAUGAUGUGUUGUACAUCAGAAUUUAGCAUCAGUGAAAUGUUCGUGACUGUCCUGCCACAAUUCAUUUAAGUCCCUUAUUUCACACACACCCACAUGCAUCAACAGCAUUUUAGUAAUCACAUAAAUGCCAGCUGGUUUAAAAGUAAACAGCUGCUAUAGAAAAGUAUGUAUUUUUUCUGACCUCCAGGUACCAAGAGAAGUGAGGUUCAAAUAAAAAAUUUUGGUUCUGUAAUGGAGAGAUUUUAAUCAGUAUUAUAAGUGCAGAUUUUGGGAUGAUGCAGAGCUGCAUCAACUUCACUUUCAGUUCAGUCAAGAAAGUAUAUUUUGUUGUACGUCCAGAUCUUUUUAUUGUUGUAAUUUGCUUUCAGGUUGUACACAUUUGGGAGUGGCCGAGCUGACAACAACCCUGCUGUUGAGUUUGUUGGAAGAGAUGGCUGUAUGCAAACGUUGACCUGUUCCCUGAGGGUGAUAUAAAUAAAAAUAUUUGUACCUCGGUUGUGUACAACUUCAGGUAAAAUGUUAUUCAACAGUUUAUCUGGUAGACAUCUUAUCUUAUUAGAUUUGAACAAAUGGCAUGCCAUCCACAACGUCCUGCCUUUCUGGCCUUGUAUGACCUGAGUUUCCCAAAGACAUCUUAGUGGGGAAAUCCAAUUUGUUUAUAUAUUUUCAACAUGUUUCUUACACAUUUUAUGUAAGAGAGAGGUACAACAGUACGAAGAGCAGCAAAAGAAGGCAUGACAGAAAAGAACAUAUCAUCUCUGUGGCCAAAUUUAAACCUAUAGUGUGGAUGGGGAGGAUGCACCACAAACCAUAUUUUGCAUACAAAAUACCUCUAUACUGUUAAGUUUAAAAAGAGUAAAGAUAAUAUUACUGCUUAGAUGUUUUGGGAAACCCAGCAUUUGGUUUUCAAUAUUGUUGAUGAUGUUAAUAAUUUUUUUUUAAUUUUUUUUUUGGCCGUCCACUUGUCUAAAAGUUAUAUUGUCAACCUGUAAUUUUCAUAUUUAAAUUGCUAGCACAAAUAUAUAUUAUAUCAGAGCUGCCAAAUGUCACCAUAUCCUAUGAAUAAGAAGUCUAUAGUUUGUGAGAGUUUGAAAGUAUAGUUAAACCUGGUUUCUAGUUUAGAUUUUAGCUAAUUUCCCCAUCCAAGGAGAGUUGACCUCUCUGUCUGUCCGUGUACAGUUCAACACGCUAUGAUGCAGUUUGUUUCAGGAAGUAAAAGGUUGUUAUUUUUUGUGUAAUGACAGCUUUAGCAGUAUGUAAUAAAAUAUAAAUUUUGCUCUGG